UCACCAAUAUUUAGUGUUUUAAGUAUAUAUAGGCGUUGGGGACAUAUUUUAUUGUAUUUAUGUGAACCUCGAGCGUUAUCUUUUCCAUUUGAGGCCAAGCAUGAAGUGAAAGCAGAAACACUCGACAAAAGAAGGUUAAUUAUCCAACUGAGGCCAGAUACGCCUACUUUUGACACUUUCUUUCAGAGUCUUCACGUUUCAAUGUUUCUCUUCCUAAUAAGAGACUGUGUUGGUGGUACCCUUUAGUUUGAACUAAUCAAGAGAGGGAACUCAAGUCAUAAAUGGAGAAACUGAACCUGUCUGCCAAAUAUGAUCCUGAUGCCAAAAGUGAUUCAUUUCCAAUAUUCGAACUGCAAGAUAGUCAAAAUGUUGUAAUUGCUCCUUCCAAUUCCGCAAGCAGUAGGGAGCCUGUGAACAAAUGGAUGGCAUUUGCUAAAAUGCCUGAUGGCAACUCAGCAACGAAGGAGAAAAGUGUAACUCAACAAGUGAAUGAUCUAAAAAACCAGCCAUCUCCUGAUGAUCAAAUUUUGACUGAGGCAGCUAUAGCUGAGAGAACUGCUGAAUGGGGUCUUGUGGUGAACACAGGGAAUUUCAAAGCAAUUGGGGGAGAGAAUAAUAACUCAGAUAGAUUUGGUGAAUCAACACGAACUUCUGGGGAGUCAAACUAUGGAUCUGAGUCAUCAUCAGGGGUGUUUCCAAGGGUGUCACAAGAGUUGAAGGAAGCAUUGGCAACACUGCAACAGACAUUUGUUGUAUCAGAUGCAACCAAACCAGAUUGCCCCAUCAUGUAUGCCAGCAGUGGCUUUUUUACCAUGACUGGCUAUUCUUCAAAGGAGAUUAUUGGAAGGAAUUGUCGAUUUCUUCAGGGGCCUGAGACAGAUAAGAAUGAAGUGGCAAAAAUUCGGGAUUCAACUGCAAAUGGGAGAAGCUAUUGUGGAAGACUUUUAAACUACAAGAAAGAUGGAACUCCAUUUUGGAAUCUUCUCACUAUCACCCCAAUCAAAGAUGACCUUGGCAAUACUAUCAAAUUCAUUGGAAUGCAGGUUGAGGUGAGCAAGUACACAGAAGGUGUGAAUGAAAAGGCAUUACGGCCAAAUGGAUUGCCCAAGUCAUUAAUCCGUUAUGAUGCUCGUCAAAAGGAGAAAGCUUUGGGUUCCAUAACUGAGGUUGUGCAAACUGUUAAGGACCCAAAAUCCAUUAUUAAGGACAUGAAUGAUGAUAGUUCUACCAAAAUUGAAGAGGCAGAGAAAUUGAAUUUUGAAUUUGUUUUGCCAAAGUCUGCUGAUGUUGGGAAUACAAGUACAGCUGUUAGACAAACUUCUCCACUCAACAUGCAACGCAUGAGCUCUAGUCAGGAUAAGAACAAGUCAUCACGAAAAUCAGGACGAAUUUCUUUUAAGAGUUUUAAAGGGAAAGAUGAAGAGAAGCCUACCAUUAUUGAACCAGAGGUAUUGAUGACCAAGGAAAUAGAGUGGGCUAACAAUUGGGAGCUUUCACAAAGAGAGAGGGACAUAAGACAAGGAAUUGAUCUAGCAACCACAUUGGAACGAAUAGAAAAGAACUUUGUGAUAUCUGAUCCUAGACUUCCAGAUAACCCAAUUAUAUUUGCAUCUGAUAGCUUUCUUGAACUUACAGAAUAUACACGAGAAGAAAUUUUGGGACGAAAUUGUCGGUUUCUUCAAGGACCAGAAACAGAUCAAACAACUGUUGCUAGGAUAAGGGAUGCUAUCAGAGAACAGAGAGAAAUCACUGUUCAGUUGAUCAACUAUACUAAGAGUGGAAAGAAGUUCUGGAAUUUGUUUCACUUGCAACCUAUGCGUGACCAAAAGGGUGAACUUCAAUACUUCAUUGGAGUUCAACUAGAUGGAAGUGAUCAUGUAGAACCCUUAAAAAACCGCCUGUCUGAGACAACUGAGCAACAAAGUGCUAAGUUGGUGAAAGCCACUGCAGAAAAUGUUGAUGAAGCUGUCCGAGAACUUCCAGAUGCCAACUUGAGACCAGAAGAUUUGUGGGCAAUUCAUUCCCAAACUGUGUUUCCACGACCUCACAAAAAGAACAAUACUUCUUGGAUAGCAAUACAAAAGAUUGCUGCUAGAGGUGAAAAAAUUGGCCUGCAACAUUUUUCGCCUAUAAGGCCUUUGGGUUGUGGUGAUACUGGCAGUGUUCAUUUGGUGGAACUCAAAGGUACGGAUGAACUUUAUGCAAUGAAGGCAAUGGAAAAGACUGUAAUGUUAAAUCGUAAUAAGGUCCACAGAUCCUGCAUUGAGAGAGAGAUUAUAUCAUUAUUGGAUCAUCCUUUUCUUCCAACACUAUACACCUCAUUUCAGACUUCUACACAUGUAUGUUUGAUUACUGACUUCUGCCAUGGGGGAGAGUUGUUUGCAUUGCUUGACAAGCAACCGAUGAAGAUUUUCAGAGAAGAAUCAGCAAGAUUCUAUGCAGCAGAGGUUGUCAUUGGUUUGGAAUAUCUCCACUGUUUAGGUAUAAUUUAUCGUGACUUAAAGCCUGAAAAUAUCUUACUUCAGAAGGAUGGUCAUGUUGUAUUAACUGAUUUUGAUCUAUCAUUUAUGACAAAUUGUAAACCCCAGGUUGUGAAGCAAUCACUACCUGGUAAAAGAAGAUCACGAAGUCAACCACCACCAACAUUUGUUGCAGAGCCAGUUACACAAUCAAACUCGUUUGUUGGAACUGAAGAAUACAUUGCUCCUGAAAUUAUAACUGGAGCUGGGCAUACUAGCGCUAUAGAUUGGUGGACCCUUGGUAUCUUAUUGUAUGAGAUGCUCUAUGGCCGUACACCAUUUAGAGGAAAGAAUAGACAGAAGACAUUUUCCAACAUCUUACACAAGGAUCUUACCUUUCCAAGCAGCAUCCCGGCUAGUCUUGCAGCCAGGCAAUUGAUUAAUGCACUAUUACAAAGAGACCCUGGCAGUCGUCUAGGUUCAACCACUGGUGCCAAUGAAAUCAAACAACAUCCAUUUUUCCGCGGAAUCAAUUGGCCUCUAAUUCGCAACAUGACUCCACCCCCAUUAGAUGUUCCUCUUCGGUUGAUAGGAAAAGAACCAGUGGCAAAGGAUUUGAAGUGGGAAGAUGAUGGGGUGCUAGUUAGCUCGAUUGAUAUGGACAUUUUUUGAUGGCUAGCACUUUUUACUCAGGAUGUUUUGUCAGCAUCAUAUCUGAUUCAUGCUACAACAAUCACUGAGUCUAAGACAUUCAACUGUAAUACUGUAUUGAUUUGGUUAUAGUCCAAUACCAUCAUGUGAUCUGCCAAUAGACAACUUCAAACAAAAUCUAAAAUCUGUAGAGGAUUAGCAGAGAAGUAGCAUGUACAUUGAAUAAGGACGUUUUCUUUUAGGAACAAGCAUCCCAGUUAUGCGCAUCGACAAUAUAUCAAUAAUAUACUUUUGUAUAUGGCUUAAAAAUAUCAUACA